AUGAUUCAAAUCGAACUUUAUCGAUCAUUAGCAACAAAUAAUCGAACAGGUAUUGAACAAGAUUUUACACGAAUGUGGAAGGAUAUAACUAUUCAAUCGUCUAAUAAUGUCGGGGUCAAAUAUGAUUGGUCUUAUCAUUUUCAUGGAACACAGUUAUUGUCCGGUGCCUAUGGGCAAGCCUGGGCACAAAAUUAUCUUUGCGUUGAUUCAAUUAUUGGCGCGCAGCUUAUUACUAAAGCUAACAUAGUUCUUUCCAAUGAUACGAGAGUACAAAUGUUAAACUUAGCCAAUCGUCGUGAAGAUCAAAAAGCAGAACAUAGUGGUCAAGAUGUGCUUAAUCUAUACACAAGUCAAACUUAUGAUUACGACAAUAUUUUUCCACUUCUCAAUCGGAAAGCGCUGAAUGCAAUGAUGAAUACAAUAACACAUAAUCUGACUGCUACACGAUCAUGGCACUUUUAUGAUGACGUAAUAAUCGCAUUGGCUAUAGACCUUACAUUGAUAACGCAAACAACAGGAUGGACAAUCUUGGCGAAUCGUUUGCUUCCCAUUGGACAAAUAACUGUUGGUUUCUUUAAUGAGACUACUGUUAAACUUUCUGAUGGUAACCAUUCGUUUCCUUUUGUUAAAGAAAGAACAUUCAAUAUUCAAUGGAUACAUAUAGGUCAUUCGAAUAUAGGUUAUCUUCUGCAUUCGCAAUCACAAUAUGCGUCAUUGGGAAUUGUUUGUGGGAAUAAAACAGGAAAUUAUCUGGAGAUUGAUCCUUUCAGUGAGACGGACACAGCACGUGUAUUAACGAUUUGGAUUGAUCAUGGAGCUGAGCUGUUUGUUCUCGAUUAUAAUCACAUGAUUUUACCUGAUGUAUCUCGUGCAUCGAUGCCCAUGCUAUUUAAACAAUAUGGAGAUGAACAAGUCUUUUCGUGCAUGUCGACAAACCAUCAGUUUCAUGGUACAAUAUGA